AUGACACACCGUCUAUGCGAACCGAGCCCUAGCGUCGUUCAAGCUGAGACCACCGCCGUCGAACGUGAAUUUGAGGAAUCCCCACGCCAAGGAAUCGAACAAACCUUGACGGACGAUGAGCCGUUGUUUGCGUAUGCAUCUUCGGUCGAGCGAAAACAAGCAGACGAGGACGGUUGUGGUCUAUCGAGGCAAUUGUGUGCCCGAGUCGAUACUUAUCCUCGGAUGGUAGUGGAAGACGAAAAGAAGAGUUUUGAUCCCGCUCCCGACUCCGAUCGGUGGGAGUUUCGCGAGCCGUUGCCCUUAGCAUUCAACAGGAUUAUCCGCUUGAUUGUCCCUUCCCUCCCAUGGCUAUCUUUCCGAGAAGGCGACACUAUGUACUUUCAAGCCUCUCAUACGGACAUUACGGAAGAAAUGGAGGGAGCGAAGUACAAAGAGCAGAUGGCUGACUUAAACGCGAAGGAAUGUCUUGUAGUGCUCGUAAGGCUCCUCGCUUUCAAUGCGUGA